AUGGAGGAGCUACCAGGUCCCGUGGUGGUGGAAAUCCUGACUCGUUUAACGGACUCAAGGGAUCUGGCGCGGUGCAGGGUGGCAUCGAAGAGCCUAAACACGGUGUCGUACGAGGUGCUGUGGCUGAACAUGGUGUGUUCCAUGGCCUUGUUAUUGAAGCUGUUGAAUGCAAAAAAGACAAUUGAAGUGGGAGUUUUUACUGGAUACUCUCUUCUACUCACAGCACUCGCAAUUCCUCUUGAUGGAAAGAUUAUAGCCAUAGAUCCAGACAAAAAAGCUUAUGACAUAGGACUACCAUUCAUUAAAAAGGCUGGUGUAGAACACAAGAUCGACUUCAAAGAGUCUCUAGCUUUACCUGUUCUUGAUAAACUCUUAGAAGAUCCUUCGAAUAGGGAAUCUUUUGACUUUGCCUUCGUUGAUGCUGAUAAAGAUAACUAUUGGAAUUACCACGAGCGACUUCUUAAACUGGUAAAGAUUGGUGGGAUAAUCAUCUAUGAUAACACUCUUUGGGGAGGAACUGUUGCAUUGCCCGAAGAGGAUGUUCCAACACCCAAAAGAAGAUUCAGGAAGGCUACACUGGAUUUCAACAAAGCAAUUGCAGAUGAUUCGCGCGUUGAAAUUUCUGCUGUUUCAAUAGGUGAUGGCUUCACUAUCUGCAGGCGUACUCCUUGAACAUCAUCUGCCAAUGUUGUAUUAUGGUUGAAUUAACUAAUGUACUGUGUUUUCGGUUUAGUGGGUGGGGCUUGCUAUAAUUACGUACUAGGAACUUUGUUGUGGGGUACAUUUAUUUAAGUGAAUUAAUGUACUUUGUUGCGGUA